AUGCAAAUCUGGAAGAUGGAAUCCUACCCAAUUGGCGACCGUCGCCUUCCUCACAACGUUUUCCCACCAAAGCCCUUGUCGGUCGAAGACUUGAGGAACAAGGCUGGUGUUGUUUACUAUAAGGUAUGUUAUGUUAAAAAAAGUUUUCAAAAUAAAAAUUUAAAAUUAAAACUAAAAUUUUGGUUUUUGUAAAAGUAUAGCUAUAACUCGUAAGUUGAGGCUCAGAAAGCAGUACUGUACGGUGAAUGGAAGAAAGGGUAAAAAAGAGGGGGGGGGGAGGUGGAAGGGAAUGAGACGAGGGGGGGGAGGGGAGAGAGUAGGGAAGAAAUGAUAAAGGAGAAGGGGGAGGCCGGUUUAACUUAAAUUUUUUUUUAAUAAAGAGUGGGGGGGGAGGGGGUAAAAUAAGGGGGUGGACAAAAAAAAUUUUAGAAAUUGUAAAAUGUUAAGCAGGAAAAAAGAAUACCCUACCCUACUCUACUCUACCCUACCGUAUCCUACCCUACCCUACCCUACCAUUUCCACGCAAAACAAAAGAGCAGGGGGUUGUUUAAUUUUUGUCAAAAAUAAUUUUGUUCACAAAAUUUUUAAAACUUUAAACUUCUAAACUCUCAAAAUUCAGGUAAACCUAGCCGACACCCAAGCCAUGAAAAAACGUUUGAGUGCCGUAAAGAAAGAGAACAAUGUCAACACCGGUGACAUUCUGACCAUCGACGAAAAUGUGGCUGACUUGCCUCGUAUUUUGGAAGAUUUGUACGAAGAACAGGAAGCCGAUGGACCCACGGUGUGCAUGGUUAUUGAAGGCGAUAUGUACAUGGAUGUGGAAUACGAAGAGGAAGAGUGGUUGAGAAUGCACAUGGAGAAGGGCGACUUGAUUGUGGUACCAAAGAACAAGUUGUAUCGUUAUACUUGUACUCCAUCGGUGGGUGUUUAAAAAAUGUUUUUUAGGGCAGAGUUGGUCGGUAAGAUCAAGGCUUGAAUAAAGCAGAGCUAUGAUAGAAGCAAAGUAAAGGGAAAACUAGGCUUAAGUUUGAGCUUAAGGUAAAGCGAGAGCUAAGUUUAAGACUAAAGCUUGGGUUGGAACAUAGACUAGAGCUUUGGGCUCAGGCUAGAGCUUAGCCUAUUCCUUCGGAUAAAACGUAGGCUUAAACUAAAAUUUCGACUAGAAUUUAGGAUAAAGCAUCGGCUUAGACUUAAACUUAAGUUUUAGAUUAGUUGUUAGCUCAGGCUAAACUUUAAGCUAGACCUUAGGUUAUGGCGUAGGAAAAAGCUUAUUAAGGGACUUAGGCCUUUUCUUACGUAGUCUGGGACUUAGAAUAGAACAGGCUAAUGCUUAAGUUAAGACUCUAGUUCAAACUUAGUUUACAGUUUAGGCUGGAACUUAGACUAGAGCUUAAGGCUUGAGCUCAAACUGGAGCAGUGCUAACGAUAGGGCUAGGGCGAAACCUAAAAAAAUUACAAAAAAACAAAUCAAAAUUGAAGUUUUAAUUUCAAAAUUUCAGAAUUUCUUCCGUCUUCAACGCUUCAACACCAACAGUACAAUCACUAUCUAA